AUGCGUGAAAUUACCGAAUCGAUUGGUAUGGAACGUUAUAAGGAUUUGAAAUCCGAGUUGCCGCAUCCCAAAAAUUUGCAAGUGAUCGGAAUGACUCAGUACAAGGUUGAUUUCCCAUUCCCUGCGCUUUUCCCACCGGCGUCACAUGUGAACGUUUUAGCCGAAGCUUUGGCCAACAAUAAAGUGACACAGUUCCAUUGCGCAGGUUACCUUCUUCCUGAUUUGUUUGCUUAA